GCUAAAUUUUUGACAAGCAAAAUUCUAUCAUUAUAAGUUGUGCACAAAAAGUUAAAAUAAGUCAUACGUGUGCCAUUGUGCGUGAAAAUCCGUCAAUAUACUGCCCAAUCAAGUUGCAGUGGCGGCCCUAAGUGGCAACGCGAAAGCGUCCCAAGCAAUAGAUUUAUUUAACCAAACAUCACCUGUGACCAAUGGCGUUGCUGUUGAUUAUGAUGAGCAGUGGCUUCGGUCAACCCUAAGUAGCAGCAGCGGCAGCAGCAACACGAACAACAUUGUAGAGCGACGCUUGACAGCUAUAAGGCGUGCAUUUGAUUUGAUUAACUAUACUUGCGACAAUAAAAAGAUCGACGGCGUGUGGGGCGCACUGCUGCUGCAACGCAAACUAAACGAUGUGCGUGAAUAUUUGUUAGCAAAUCAAGAAGAGCAAACGGAAUCCGAAGACGUUGAUGCGUUGCUGCAAGAGAUUGAUCAAAGGAUUCACGAACUGUCUAGCUGUACGGAUAGCGCCUCGUGCACGCAAUUCACACCCACUCACGAUCCGAUGGGCUUUGAUCUGUUUAAUAGAAUACGUCACUGGUUUCUGCUGGGCGGCCAGAGCGGUGCCAAGGAUCCGCACAAUAACGCCGCGACCAGCGACAAAACCAAUCGCAAGCGCAGGUUUACAAACUUUGAGAACGAUAACACAGCACCGCGUCUUAUUAAAUAUCGUCGUGUGCAUAAUUCAUUCCCCAAAUUUAUAACGAAUGAAGCAGAAGACUACGGCGACAUGACGGAUACUAGCAAGCGACCGGAGCAGCAGCUGCCGCAGAGCACUCAGUCGGCUGCUGGCUAUCAAACACAAACACAAAAGCGUCUUACCAUGUUCAAUGCACCACAGAUUAAACAGUUGCGUGUGCUUUAUAAUCCAGCUACUGUAACGCUUGAUCUAUCCGACGGCGACGAUGAGAACACAUCGCCUCUUCCACAAGAAAAGCAGCAAAGCAACAAAAGCCAUAUGUAUUCUGGAUUUAAUCACAUCAUGCGGGCUGGGGUUGACACGACCACGAGCACACAACGGGAACGCAGCAGCGCCGCAAGCACGCGUCCAAAUCUUUUAUACUCGGAGGCAUUGCGUUAUGGCACAAACGGUUUUGCUUCAGACUCUACACCUUCCUCCAUAAGUCCAGUGCACUCCGAGCCUCGGCUCAUGAACGGUCAUGACACUAGCUCUGGCAAUUCCAAUGCCAAUGCCAAUGCCAAUGCCAAUGUCAAUGAUAAUGUUAUACUGCUGGAGGAUCAGCGCAAUGAGCAUAAUCAAUAUGUGCAUUUGAUUAACAAUCUGAGUCUGGAAGAUCGUGAGCUUCCAAAUCAGCGCGCUGGCCCUACCACAAUAGAAACUAAAGCAACAGAGCCGCCGCCGUUGAGGCCACCACCACCGAUGCGCUUCAAUAUGAAUGGUGAUGAAUGGCUGCGUGGCUUGAUGAAGCCCAGCCCGGCUGUCCACAAUGAGCGCAGCGAGUAUGCCAAGUUUCUGAAGACUAAGGAGGCGCCACAAGCACAACUACAACCACCACCGCCACCGCCCUUGCUGCGCUACAAUAGCAAGGAUAACACCAUGGGCAGCAUCAUUAGUCUCAGCAGCUUAGACAACAGCAGCAGGGCCACAAAUGCAAUGGAUGAUAGCAAACUGAAAACUAGAAACCCCUCAAUGACUGGCGCAAAGACAGCUUCGUUGUCCGGGCAGCGUCCGUUAACCAAGGCACUGCAGAUGCGCUAUAGCACUUCCAUAUACUUUGCGGAUAACUUUACAGAACUCUUCAAGGAUAAGUGUGCUCGCGUACAACAGCAAUCGGUGCGAGAGAAGCAGCAUGCUUUGGAGAAUGCGGAGAAGUCUUCCCAGGAGCGUUGGGACAUUGAGCGCAAAUUGCGCGAGAGUAUGUCCAAACGUCGUUACUUGCCGCAAACCUUGUUUGUCCUGGAUAAAUAUCAAAGCGGUAAGCAGCAGCAGGAACAGUGCGAACCGCAAGUAUUCGCCCUAACCGGGGAGCAACAGCAACUCUAUAAUCAGAUCAUCCAGGGGCCUGGCCAUCAAGUGUUGGUUUCCAAAUUCAGUUUAAAUAUCACACGCAACGACAUUAGCACCUUGAUCGGUAGCAACUGGUUAAACGACGAGGUUAUAAACUUUUAUAUGAAUCUGUUAACGGAUCGCUCUCAGCAGAAAGAGGGACAGCUGCCGAGUGUUUAUGCCAUGAACACAUUCUUUGUGCCGCGCUUGCUUCAAACUGGUCACGGCGGUGUUAGGCGUUGGACACGCAAAGUGGAUAUAUUCAGCAAGGAUAUUAUUCCAGUGCCUGUGCAUGUCGGUGGCGUACAUUGGUGCAUGGCAAUUAUACAUAUGAAAAACAAAACUAUACGCUACUAUGACUCGAUGGGCAAGCCCAAUCAUGAAGUGCUUCAAGCCCUUGAGUGUUAUCUGCGUGAGGAGUCUUUGGAUAAACGUAAAAUCCCAUUCGAUACGAGCGGAUUCACAGUGGAGAAUGUGCCCAAUGUGCCGCAGCAAACAAAUGGCAGUGAUUGCGGCGUCUUCAGCUGCAUGUUCGCCGAGUUUAUAACGCGCAACAAGCCGCUUAAUUUCUCCCAACAACACAUGGAGUUUUUCCGCAAAAAAAUGGUGCUGGAAAUCUGCGGCGGCGAGCUGUGGAUGUAAUCGAACGGCUCUACUCCUCCUCUCCUCUCAUAAACAAAAUACCUAAGCUAAGUUUGUUCUAAUUUAAUUUAUUUCGUUUGCUGCACACUAUCAACGGCCGUCGACUAGUUGUGUUCCAAGUAUUGUAAUGAAACGUAGAUGAUUUUUUCCCAAAUUUUUCGAGGCGCGCGCAGUCCUUUAUGAAUAAAAAAUGUUUCAAUAAUACCCUUGAGUGGCUUUUUACGUUUCAUUUCAUGUAAAGAGUGUGGUAGAGAAUCAAGUUUAGCAUUAAUAAGUUAUUAACCUGUAAGUUACAAGAUACAAUCCAACUAAUCCCAAAAACUACUAAUAUUGUAUCAAAAAGCAGACAACAAAGAAACAACCAUA